AUGGAAAAGCAAUUCCUAUUCUACUCCUUGAAGCAGGGCGAGAUGCAUGAGGACCAGUUUAUCACAAGGUUUAUAGAUUUGGCAAAGUAUGUGCCUAGGCAGACGGAAGAUCAUUCACUCUGGUUAGCUCAACAAUUGAUGAACCGUGCAAGGCCGGAGUUGAAACAGCAGUUGGCCUUGUUAGAGGUCAAGACCUUUGAGGAGAUGUGUGUGAAGCUGUGGGUUACUGCUAGAAGGACAAGAGAGGUGGUAGAGGCAAGGAGGGCUGAGAAUCAAGCUAGAGCGGCCCGUUAUCCGGGUCCUACAGGAGGAGUGGGGAAGAGGAGUCAAUACAGCUCUGGGAGCUUGAGUAGCUCAGGGAGAAACAGGAAUCAAGGGCAGAAUCAGAGGGUGAAUGCUCAGAGGGGCUUUAUGCAGAGGCGCCAGAAUCCAAACAAUCAAGCCGGAGGGGGACAGGGCUCCCGUCGAGAUUCUUCAGUGACUACCCCGAGUGUUACUGGACCGUGCCCCGGAUGUGGGGGUAGGCAUGCGGGGCAAUGCUGGGAGUGCUUUCGAUGCCACCGGUGGGGACAUAUUGCCAAAAACUGUCCAGAGAGUCAGCCGACACCUCAAGCUGGUCGUUCUACUGUUCCAGGACGUGUCUAUGCGAUGACAAAUGAGGAGGCUUCUGCAUCUCCGAACUUGAUUCGAGGUAACAUUCUACUUGAGGGACAUGUUAUUUCUGCUUUAUUUGACUCGGGUGCUACGCACUCCUUUAUUUCUGUGGACUGUGCUCAGAAGUUGAGCUUGCUUGUGGUUGAGCUACCUUAUGACUUAAGAGUGUCUACUCCUGCUGGAGUCACUGUCGUAACUGGAAGAGCGUGUCUAGAGCUUGCACUUCAGUUUGAGAAUCAAGAUUCUACAAUAGAUCUGUUUUGUCUACCUCUGAAAGGUAUCGACGUGAUUAUUGGCAUGAAUUGGUUGAUGGCCAAUGGAGCAAUCCUUGAUUGUAAAAGGAGGUUGGUGACAAUUCCGGUAGGUGCCUUAUGUGCUGAGAUGUCAAGUGGUCCGGUUUUGUUGUCAGCUGCUCAGGUAGAGAAGGCGGUGAGGAAAGGGUGCCAGGCCUUCAUUGUCUUCUUUUCAAUUAUUGAGGAUGAGGCAGGAGGAAUUGAACAGAUAGCUGUGGUGAGGGACUACCCCGAAGUGUUUUCGGAUGAGGUUGCAGGACUACCUCCAGAGCGAGAAGUGGAGUUCUCCAUCGAGUUGGUUCCAGGAACCACCCCAAUCUCCAAGGCUCCCUAUAGAAUGUCUCCUUCAGAGUUGGUCGAGUUAAAAAAGCAGCUAGAAGAAUUGCUAGAAAAGGGACUUAUCCGACCAAGUGUGUCACCGUGGGGAUCGCCGGUUUUGUUUGUGAGGAAGAAAGAUGGUAGCUUGAGGUUGUGUAUCGACUACCGACAACUAAACAAGGUCACAAUCAAGAACAAGUACCCGUUGCCUAGAAUUGAUGACCUAUUGGACCAAUUAGUCGGAGCAUCAGUUUUCUCUAAGAUUGAUCUGAGAUCAGGAUACCAUCAGUUGAGGGUACGAGCAGAGGACAUUUCGAAAACGGCUUUUCGAACUCGUUAUGGACAUUAUGAGUUUUUGGUGAUGCCCUUUGGACUGACAAAUGCUCCAGCUAUCUUUAUGGACUACAUGAAUCGGAUCUUCCGACCUUAUUUGGACAGAUUUGUGGUAGUGUUCAUCGAUGACAUUCUGAUUUAUUCUAGAAGUGAGGAAGAACAUUGA